AUGGCGGCGGCGGCCGGGAGAGCCUGGGGCAGCCCCGGGAGGGAGGCUGCGGAGGGGAGCUGCCGGCCCCAGCUCCUGCCUUGGUGGGGGCUGCUCCGCGGACUGUUUCUGGCUGUGCUGGCAGCGGGCUGCAGCCAGGGGAACUCCGUGGAGAGGAAGAUCUACAUCCCCCUGAACAGGACAGCUCCCUGCGUUCGCCUGCUCAACGCCACGCACCAGGUCGGCUGCCAGUCCUCCAUCAGUGGGGACACAGGAGUGAUCCACGUGGUGGAGAAGGAGGAGGACCUCAGCUGGGUGCUUUCUGAUGGCCCACACCCACCCUACAUGGUGCUGCUAGAUGGGAGCCUCUUCACCAGGAGGGUGAUGCAGCAGCUGAAGGGAACCUCACGAGUCUCAGGCCUGGCUGUGGCUGCUGCCAGGCCCAGCCCUGCCCAGGGCUUCUCUCCUGGCCUGCAGUGCCCCAAUGAUGGCUUUGGGGUCUACUCCAAGGAUUAUGGCCCCCAGUUUGCACACUGCAACAGGACUGUGUGGAACCCCCUGGGCACUGGGCUGUCCUAUGAGGAUUUUGACUUCCCUAUUUUCCUCCUGGAGGAUGCCAAUGAGACUCAAGUCAUCAAGCAGUGUUACCAGGAGCACAACCUGCCCCAGGGGGGCUCUGGCCCCCAGUACCCCCUGUGUGCCAUGCAGCUCUUCUCCCACAUGCAUGCAGUCAGCAGCACUGUCACCUGCAUGCGCCGCAGCUCCCUGCAGAGCACCUUCAGCAUCAACCCAGAGGUUGUCUGUGACCCUCUCCUGGAUUACAAUGUCUGGAGCACCCUGCAGCCCAUCAACUCCUCUGGCAAGGUUGAUCCUGACAAGGAGGUCAUCAUGGUGGCCACAAGAAUUGACAGCCACUCCUUCUUCUGGAACAUUGCCCCCGGGGCAGAGGCUGCUGUGGCCUCCUUUGUCACCCACCUGGCUGCUGCUGAAGCCCUUCACAAAGCCUCAGAUGUUCAGCUGCUGCCCAGGAAUGUGAUGUUCACCUUCUUCCAAGGGGAAACCUUUGACUACAUUGGCAGCUCCAGGAUGGUUUAUGACAUGGAGAAGGAGAAGUUCCCUCUGCGCCUGGACAACCUCCACAGCUUCCUGGAGCUCAACCAGGUGGCACUGAGGAAUGGCUCCACACUCUGGCUGCACACAGAUCCUGUCUCCAGGAUGAAUCACUCUGUUGAGGUGCAGGUCAGGCACCUGCUGGAUGUCCUCAGGAACAGCAGCCUGGGGCUCAACGUCAGCCUGCAGGAGGUUGGAGCCUCGCAGCCUCUUCCUCCCUCUUCCUUCCAGCGCUUCCUGCGUGCUCAGCACAUCCCUGGCGUGGUCCUGACUGACCACAGGACCUCCUUCCACAACAAGUACUACCAGAGCAGGUUUGACACCCCAGAGAACAUCCAGGUGCAGUACCCCGAGGGGCUGAGUCCUGAGGAGGCCUUGGAGUACGUCACAGACACUGCCAAGGCCCUGGCAGAGGUGGCCACAGUGGUGGCUCGAGCUCUCUACCAGCUGGCAGGAGGAGCCAGCAGCACCUCUGCCAUCCAGGCAGACCCCAGGACGGUCACUCGGAUGCUCUAUGGCUUCCUGAUCAAAAUGAACAACUCCUGGUUCCAGUCCAUCAUCAAAGCAGACCUGAAAGGGAUCCUGGGGGAUGUCCCCCAGCACUAUGUGGCUGUUUCCAGCCCUGUCAACACCACCUACCUGGUGCAGUAUGUCCUGGCCAACCUCACAGGCACUGUGGUCAACCUCACCAAGGAGGAAUGUCUGAGCCCUGAGAAGAGUCCCAGCACUGAGAGAGAGCUCUUUGACUACAGCUGGGUGCAAGGUUCCUUGGAGCCCAACUCCAGCUCCAGGCUUCCCUUCUGCGUCCGCUCCACCGUGCACCUCAGCAAGGCUCUGUCCCCUGCCUUUGAGCUCAGGCAGUGGGGAUCCACUGAAUAUUCCACCUGGACAGAGAGCAGGUGGAAGGAUAUCCGAGCCAGGAUCUUCUUGGUGGCCAGCAAGGAGCUGGAGAUCCUCACCUUGGUUGUGGGUGUUGCCAUCCUGCUCUUCUCCCUCCUGGCCACCUACUUCAUCAAUGCCAAAGCUGAGAUCCUCUUCAGCAUCCCACGGGACCCAGGGACUGUGUCCUACUGAAGAUCCUCUUG